AUGACCACCGAGAGCGGCCAGCAGCGGCUGGAGCCCCCCGUCCCUCUCCGCUCCUGCAGCCCGGCUCCCGGAGCUCUCCAGAUGAGCCGGCCGCCCUCCUCCGCCCUGGAGACCUCCACCUCCUCUUCCUCCACCUCCACCUCCUCCUCCUCCUCCUCGGCGGCGGCGGCGUCCUCCAAGAGCAAGAAGGCCAGCUCGGGGCUGCGGAGGCCCGAGAAGCCCCCCUACUCCUACAUCGCCCUCAUCGUUAUGGCCAUCCAGAGCUCGCCCUCCAAGCGCCUGACCCUCAGCGAGAUCUACCAGUUCCUGCAGGCCCGCUUCCCCUUCUUCCGCGGCUCUUACCAGGGCUGGAAGAACUCCGUGCGCCACAACCUCUCCCUCAACGAGUGCUUCAUCAAGCUGCCCAAGGGCCUGGGCCGCCCGGGCAAGGGCCACUACUGGACUAUCGACCCGGCCAGCGAGUUCAUGUUCGAGGAGGGCUCCUUCCGACGGCGGCCCCGCGGCUUCAGGAGGAAAUGCCAGGCACUGAAGCCCAUGUACCGCAUGAUGAACGGGCUGGGAUUCGGCGCCUCCAUCCUCCCGCAGGGCUUCGACUUCCAGGCGCCCCCCGCCUCCCUCGCCUGCCAUUCCAACGGCUACAACCUCGACAUGAUGCCCAACGCCAUGGCCAGCGGCUACGAGGGACUCAGCGGCGGCCACCACGUCCCGCACAUGUCGCCUAACCCCGGCUCGACCUACAUGGCCAGCUGCCCGGUGACUGCCAACGGGGACUACGGCCCCGACAGCAGCAGCAGCCCCGUGCCCUCCUCGCCGGCCAUGGCGAGCGCCAUCGAGUGCCACUCGCCCUACACGAGCCCUUCGGCUCACUGGACAGCCUCGGGGGCCUCGCCCUACAUAAAGCAGCAGGGCCUCCCCGCCGCGAACGCCGCCUCCUCCAGCAUCCACUCGAGCGUGCCCUCCUACUCCCUGGAGCAGGGCUACCUGCACCAGAGCCCCCGCGACGACCUCUCAGUGGGAUUGCCUCGCUACCAGCAUCACCCCUCCCCGGUGUGUGACAGGAAAGAUUUUGUCCUCAAUUUUAAUGGCAUUUCGUCGUUUCACCCGUCCGCUAGUGGAUCUUACUAUCACCAUCACCACCAUCAAAGCGUCUGUCAAGACAUCAAGCCCUGCGUGAUGUGAAGGCAGCGCCCCAACAGAGACAAUCAGGUGGCAUGGAACAGAGCCGAGGUAUAGACGGACCCACGCAGAUUAAAUAUAAUGUGCACUCUGAUAGCAUUGAUAGUACACGAGUCACUUAGCAAAAUUACCUAAGGAAGCAGUGUUGUCAGUCCCUCCAUCCCUUGAAGGACACGUACAGCCGAUAUAAUGCUCCAAAGCUCUUCCUAAAAGAAAAAUGCCUAGUGGGAUGUGUUGGGUUAGGUGAGAUGUAAGUGUCCUUAUGCCAAGUCUGACCACCUUAAUCAUAAACCGGCUUUCUGUGAUCUCCUAAAGAAUCGAGCUUUGGGAAAGGGAACAAUUCGAUGUAUUUUUAUACGAGAAAGUGUCUUUGAAUAGGAAAAAUAAAUCUCCCAGCUCAGCACCUGUGAGGACUCCCCCUUCCGUUGCUGCGUUAGCGGGAAAUUUACUUCUUUAUUUUUUUCUCUCCCCGAGACCCACCAAGGACACUUUGUAUGGACUUCAGCACCGACCGAUUGAUAUUAUUAAAACAGUAUUGUUUAGCCUUUUCGUGUAUAGACUUUAAGAAAAGUUCCAUUUUCCCCAGUAUUGCAGCAAUACAACGUUUUGUUUUUUAUUUUUGCAAAAGUUGUUUUCUACCACAAUAUUUUUUAAAAAUUUAUUUUAAAUAAAUCUCGUGUAUACUCACACAC